AUGCCUAAUUUUGUUAAUAUCCGUCUGUGGAAACCUGGUCUUAAAAAGUCAGAACAAUAUAAAUCUCUUCAACGUACCUGUCUUAUGCGUGAAUUUGAGUGUGGACAAAAACAAGCGAGCCGAUUCGAAAAACAAAUUUCAUUAAUCAUGACUGAGUUAAAAAAACAUCUUUCUUCAAUCGAUUAUAUUAAUAUAAAGAAGUUCUUUUAUAAUUCAGCAUGUCGAGUACAUUCUACAGUUAUGAGUAAUCACCAAAAAAAACUUGAAAAAUUAAAUCGAGGUCCUAUCGGACAAAAUUACGAAGAAAUGAAAUUAAAAUUAAUUCAUAAUAUAUCAUCAUAUACUCUUUCAAAGGUAGAAGAAAGAUUAUUAUGUCGUGGUUGGGAUUUUUGUGUAGAGAAUAAAAUAACGAAUUUCUUAGACUUUGAAACAGAUUUAGAAUUAAAUGCAAUGAAACUACAACCUCAUUGUCAUGAGUCAAUUUUUCGAUCUAUUUGUCGUCAGAUACAUAAUGCUUCACAACAGUUAAUACGUACAUCUAAACAUAAGAAAAUAAGUAAUUUAUCAAAGGAAGAAUUAGCAGCGUUAAAAUCACUAAAAUCUAAUAAUAACAUAAUUAUAUGUAAAGCCGAUAAAGGAAAUUCUAUUGUAAUACUUGAUAAAGAAACUUAUAUGAAAAAAGCUGAGGAAAUACUUAAAGGAAAACAAUUUGAACCAUUAAAUAAUGAUAAAUUUCAUCGAGAACAAGAAGAAAAAUUGAAUAAAUAUAUUUUCUCAUUAUUUAAACAAGGAGUCAUAGAUAAUAAACUUCGCUAUCAACUACAAUCGACAUGUUCUUCCCUUUCAGUCUUUUAUGGUCUUCCAAAAGCACAUAAAACUGGUUAUCCUAUACGUCCUAUAAUAUCAACUAUAGGUAGUUAUCAAUAUGAAUUAUCAAAAUAUCUAGCAAAAGCAAUUAGAAAUGCACGUCCACAAGCAAAAUCAUACAUAAAAGAUUCUUUUGAAUUCGUAAAAAGAAUAAAAGAGAUAACACUAGAAAAAGAAAAAACUUACAUUAUGUGUAGCUUUGAUGUAGAAAGUUUAUAUACGAAUGUUCCAGUUGAAGAAGCAAUAGAAGUAACACUGAACUAUAUCUAUAAACCAACAAAAUUAGUAGAUGUUCCUUUUGAUAAAGAACAAAUGAAAACACUCUUGGAUCUAUCGAUAAGAGACUCAACUUUUAGAUUUCAAAAUAAAAUUUAUAAACAAAUAGAUGGAGUAGCGAUGGGUAAUCCUCUAGCACCUAUUAUUGCCGAUUUAUGGAUGCAAAAGAUAGAAGAAAAAUUAAAUAGAUUUAGUACCAACAAACCGAUGAUUUGGCUAAGAUAUGUAGAUGACAUUUUCUGUAUAUUCACUAUUCCUAAAGCGAAAAUUAAUGAAUUCCAUAUACGUAUUAAUAAGUGGCAUCGUAAUCUACAUUUCACUGUUGAAUUUGAAGAUGAAAACUCCAUCCCAUUUCUUGACGUUCGAGUAACUCAUACAGAAGAUAAACUAAUUACAUCAAUGUAUCGAAAACCAACUCAUACAGGUUUAUAUUUGUUAUGGGAUAGUAAUCAAAGUCGUCGUUAUAAACUUGGACUCAUAAAAACACUAGUAAUACGUAUAUACCGACUUUGUUCAACUAGAGAAAUAAUAAAUAAUGAAUUAGAUCUACUAAGAAAAACAUUAACUAACAAUGGAUAUCCACCACAUAUUAUAAAACGAGGUAUUACUGAAGGAGAGAUACUCAUUAAGACAAUGUCUCAAACUAAGAAAGCCGAAGAUAAAAACAAAAAUGUUAUAUUCUUCACGAUUAAAUACUAUGGACAAGAAUCUAUAAUAUUUGCUUCUCGAAUAAAUAAAUUAUGUAAAAAAUUACUUCCUAACCUGAAAAUUCAAUUUGCAUUUAAAAAACAUAUGAGCAUAAGAAGCAUCUUUUUACCAAAACUUAAAGGAAUUGAUGAAGAGAAAAAGAAAAAGAACUUAGUAUAUUCUAUUCCGUGUAAAAAUUGUGAUAAAAUCUACAUUGGAGAAACUAGUCGAAUGAAGACCACCCGUAUGAAAGAACAUGAAGCUAAAAUAAAAACAUUAUCAUCGGAUUCUAAACUGGUUGAACAUAUUCUGAAAUAUCAACAUAGUUUUGACUU